AUGAGCGUGGAGAAAAAUGCUAGCUGUGCGUUUUUGAGGCUUCGUUUUUGGUUGGCGAUGUAUUGCAGGAUUGGUGUCAACACAUGUGUGUUCAUGCGUGGUACAAGCUCCCUUGGCAGGGAAGAAAUGCUGUCCAUGGGCUACAAGCCAAACCUUGCAUGCUUCAAUGCGGUGAUCCAUGCUCAUUCCAGGCAGGAAGACGAAGCACAAAAGUGGCUUGAAAGGCUACGACAGAGUGGUCUUCAGCCCGACCAAGUGACCUUCACGUCGCUGGUGGAUGGCUGCGCCAAGCAGGGCCGUCCAAAGCAGGCGGCCCAAUGGCUGCGGGUCAUGGAAGAAGAGGCGCUGGUGCCGUCGGUGGAGUGCUACACUGCGGUCAUCGACAGCUGUGCCAGCAGGGGAGAUCUUGAGCAAGCCGCCGAGUGGAUGGAAGGAAUGCGCUGCAAUCAGAUCACCCCAGACGUAGCUGCCUACAACUGCGUGCUCAAUGCUGCUGCAAAGUCCAGCAAUGCGCAGGAGGCGGUACAGUGGUUGGACAGGAUGCAAGCGGAUGCGCUGCAACCCAACAAGGUGUCCUUCACAGCGGCCAUCGACAGCUGCGUCAAAGAGGGCAAGAGCGACGUGGCGAUGACCUGCUUUCAGCGAAUGAAGAGUUCAGGCAUCACUCCUGACAUGAUAGCCUUUACCGCGAUGAUCUCUGGCUUCAUCAGGAAGGGUGCCUUCAACCGGGCAGAGGACCUCCUGGAAUCCGCGAAAUCUUCCGGCUUGGCGCCAGACGCGGCGUGCUACAACACCUUCCUGGGCGGCUGCGCGCGCCGCGGCGAUGUGGGGAAAGCCGGCUCAUGGUUGUCCCGGAUGAAAGCGGCGGGCGUUGCGCCCAAUUUGGUCUCCUAUAACACCAUGCUCAAGGCGUGUGGCAAAGCAGGAGACGUGCCUGCCGCGCUUCACUGGCUUGACCAGAUUUCCCGCGCCUCGAUGUGGUGCACCCAGAGCAAUUGA